AUGGCGCUCCUGUGCUUACAGGCGCUUUCUCUUGUAUGGGCGAUCUGCACGCUCGCCAGCGCAGACGACAACAACAGAAAGCUCGGCAAUUCGUUGUACGGUAACGUCUACGCAGUCUACGCCGGGAGAGUGUCAAAGAUGCUAUGCCAUUUCCGUGUGCCCUCUCUGCCCAGACUGUUCAACAAAACAAAACACCAAGAGGUGUUUUUGUGGUGCGGAGUUGAGCCAGGUGGAUACGAUGUCGGUGUACUGCAACCCGUUCUCAUGUAUGGCCCAGACUGCAACUCAAAAAAUGGUGUAGGGUAUCCGAGUGACAGACAUUACUCAUCACACCCCUACUGGUAUUUCUCUGCUCAAUAUGUCUUUCCCAAGUACAAGACGAAAAAAUGUUGUCAUUGUGAAACGGGAAAAGUGUUCAAGGCAUCACCAGGGGAUUUCUUAAUUUCUGUUAUGGACUUUGACAGAGAGAAUUCGAUGUGGAUGAUAUCAAUGAAGAAUGCUGCAACUGGUGAUCUAAGUGUACUGAAAGUGUUUCAUCCUUACAUGAACAAGUCUUUACAUUGGAAGGAUUUCUCAUAUCAUUAUCUUUCAUUUGUCGAUGUGGAAACUUAUGAAAUUUCCAACAUUAGUGAAGAGAUGCCUCGUGACUCUCAGUGGUAUGUAGUUGUAAAAAUGUAUGAUGACCGUGGCAAGAUCAUACAUUUAACCAGCAAAGAUUGGAAAUAUCAUGUUAAACCACACAAGGAGCCAGUUGUUCAUUGUACAGCAGACACAUGUGUUUUUAAUCUCCAAUCUGCCAAUGUUAGUAGUGUAUAGCGUUUGUCUGUCAGUGAUACCAAGAAUUGCACAUAUUUUCACUUGCAAUAUUGCUCAGUGAAAUUGCCGGAUAGUGGCAAAUGAUUUUGGCACAUGGCAUAAAUGUAUUGACAAUUGACCCUUCGAGUAGAGAUGGCCUGUGCUAUUGGGAGAGGUU